CUGCAGAAAGUGCGAUCAGAUGGCUGCUGCUGGUCUCACGUCUGUAUGGCGGCUGCGGGCUCUCAUAACCCAUUCCGUGUCCGCUCUGACCGGCCGCUUAGUGACUGGCAGCGGACGGUGUUACUCCUCACUCUCAUGGGAUGACCAUCCUGCCGAGACUGGCUUCCAGUCCGAGGAGGAUGACAUAGAGGACAUAAAGAGAGCACUCAAAAGACAGCAGAAGGCUAUAAAGUUACAAAAAAUUAAAAAAGAGUUUGAACCUCGUGGCCCACCUGAGAGGAUCCUGUCUUGGAAUGCAAUACAACAAAUCAGGUAUUUAAAGCAGAAUUUUCCAGAGGAAUGGACAGUGCCUCGUUUGGCGGAAGGGUUUAAUGUCAGUGUAGAUGUUAUCCGGAGGGUUCUGAGAUCAAAUUUUUCUCCACCUGAAAAACGAAAAUUAAAACAAGAUGUUAAAGUAUCUAAACUAUUAGGGCCAAGUGUCCAUCAGGAAUCCAGAAAGGACGUGUUACAUCUGGCUCCAGCUGCAAAAGAUUCGGCAGUACAACUUUUGUCAUCAGGACUCAGCAGCAAGCAAGUUAGGACCCCAAAACAUCAUCUUAUUCCUCCCUCAGAAACCUCACCGUCUUCAGCAAUAGCUUUGAGGGGAGAGGGCACAAUUGUACAUGUAAGAAAGGAAAAUUUACAGCUCCGUACACAACAAUCAUAUAUAAAUAAGCCUGGCAUGAUCCCUGCUAUGUCCAACAUGACUGUGACAAUUGCUGACAAUCCAAAGUCAGACCUGGUGAAUGUUUUUGAUGAGGAGCAGGAGAACCUUGAUGAAGAAUGGGAUGGUGAAGUGUUAAGUGACCAUGAACUUGAAGAGUUGGCUGAAAGUGGCAUUAAAAACCAAAUGCAAGUUGUACAACAAGGAAGAGAGUUUUUUGACAGCAAUGGAAAUUUUCUUUAUAGGAUAUGAUCACGGAAUGGGACAUUUACCUGCAUAUAUCCAGGAAUAAAAAUAAUUAAAUAAAAAAAAAAAAA